CUCAGAAUGAUAUCCCAAAAACAAGCCGAAGACUUUAACCAGUCAAUCGUACAAAUAUUAUGCGCUUUCUCGGAAAGGGACUAGAAACUCCUAGAAGAACUGGAAGAGAUUCCGAGAAGAGUUACCAUGAUCGAGGGUAGUAACCUGGGGCACUACUUGGUUCUUUUACGAGAAGUAUUCAAUGUGCUAUCUAAAAAUGUCCCUGAGAUGCGGGGUGAUGUUCUUACCCAAACCUACCAAGAAAUCCCGGAAGGAAGAGAUAUAAUUAAGUCCGAAACUGUAGAGCAACUGAGAAACUGCUUGCUCAAUGCACAUCAAUAUCCAAAAGCGUCGGGACACAAGGAGACACCCCCGGUCCCGCCCAAGAAGAAUAGCAAGCCUAGGCUUGAGAUUGAAGAUAUAGGUGAAGGCGCUACUCGUCGCUGCAGUACCGUUGAGAACGAAAUUAUAGAAACAUUUAUUCUUCUUUUCAUGGCUCUUGGAAGAUCUCCACCUGCGACACCUCUUCGAUCACACCUACGCACAAGAGCGGUUCGCACUUCCCAAGGCUCCUCUUCCCAGCGCCCAAAGAAAACUCCCCCAUCCGGUCCACGCAAGCCACCUAAUGGCAAGGAAAUGAUGCCACAAGAGCAAAGUACAAAAGCUCCUUAG